CACUGUGAAGGACUUUAGACUGCGGUUUGCAAAAGCAGAAUAAAUUUUCUUGGAGUCGUACCGUUAUGUACACACGCUCGCGCGCGCGCGCGCGCGCACACACACACACACACACGCAUUCACACGCCCAUUGGCAGACACGGCCACACCUCACGGCUCUGGGGGAAGCCACAGACCUCAGCUGUACAAGCUGAGCCUGGACUAGAGGAACUUUCCGCGGGACUCGGGACAAACAGCCGCACCGACACGACUGUCUGCGAGCCUGAGUCCCAGACGAGCGCCGGCGGCGGCAGGUACUUCGGGCCCCCGCGGCAGGGCCUGAGCAGCGCAGCUGGGGCGGCGGCGGCGGCGGCGGCGGCGGCGGCGGAGGCGGGAGGGUCCCGGGCUGCCGAGGUCUUGCCAGUGCGCGCGCGCCAGCCGCCUCCCCUCCGCCCCUCGCUGCCGGCCUCGGGCAUCCACGGCCGGUGGUCCAGCCGCCCGCCACGGCCCUGAACAUGGCCGCAAGCCCCGCUGCCCCCCUGGCCUGGGCGCUGCUACUCCUCUCGUGGGCUCUGCUCCGCGGCGGCUGCCGGGCGCGCUUCGCUGCUGAGCCGGACUCCGAAGACGACGAAGGGGAGGCGGUAGUAUUCUCCGAGUCGCCCCUGCAGAGACCCACGGUGAUGGUGGCCGUCCUCGCGCGUAACGCUGCGCACACGCUGCCUCACUUCCUCGGCUGCCUGGAGCGGCUGGACUACCCCAAGAGCAGGAUGGCCAUCUGGGCAGCCACUGAUCACAAUGUGGAUAAUACAACAGAAAUACUCAGGGAGUGGUUGAAAAAUGUCCAGAGAGCCUAUCACUAUGUGGAGUGGAGGCCUAUGGAUGAACCUGAGUCUUAUCCUGAUGAAAUUGGACCAAAGCACUGGCCUGGCUCCCGUUUUGCCCAUGUGAUGAAACUACGACAGGCAGCCCUUCGAACUGCGAGGGAAAAAUGGUCAGACUACAUUCUGUUCAUAGAUGUUGACAACUUCCUGACUAAUCCACAGACCCUCAAUCUACUGAUUGCAGAAAACAAAACCGUUGUGGCCCCCAUGCUGGAGUCUCGGGGCCUGUACUCUAAUUUCUGGUGCGGAAUCACACCUCAGGGCUUCUAUAAACGGACCCCAGACUAUCUUCAGAUUAGAGAAUGGAAGAGGUUGGGCUGCUUUCCAGUCCCCAUGGUCCACUCCACAUUCCUAAUUGACCUCAGGAAGGAAGCCUCUGACAAGCUGGUGUUCUACCCUCCGCACCAGGACUACACCUGGACAUUUGAUGACAUCAUUGUCUUUGCCUUCUCCAGCAGGCAAGCAGGCAUCCAGAUGCACCUCUGCAACAGAGAGCACUACGGCUACCUGCCCAUCCCCCUGAAGCCCCAUCAGACCCUACAGGAGGACAUUGAGAACCUCAUCCAUGUGCAGAUAGAAGCAAUGAUUGACCAUCCUCCAAUGGAACCUUCCCAGUUCGUCUCAGUUGUCCCUAAAUAUCCAGACAAGAUGGGAUUCAAUGAGAUUUUCAUGAUAAACCUGAAGCGUAGAAAGGACAGACGGGACCGGAUGUUACGUACCCUGUACGAGCAGGAGAUUGAAGUCAAGAUUGUCGAGGCUGUGGAUGGAAAGGCACUCAACACAAGCCAGCUGAAGGCCCUGAAUAUUGAAAUGCUGCCAGGAUAUCGAGAUCCCUACUCCUCCAGGCCUCUAACUAGGGGUGAAAUUGGCUGCUUCCUUAGCCACUACUCUGUCUGGAAAGAGGUAAUUGACCGAGAGCUGGAGAAGACUCUCGUUAUUGAGGAUGAUGUGCGUUUUGAACAUCAGUUUAAGAAGAAGCUCAUGAAGCUGAUGGAUGAUAUUGAUCGAGUCCAGCUGGAUUGGGAACUGAUUUAUAUUGGCAGGAAGAGGAUGCAACUAAAAGAGCCAGAGAAAGCUGUGCCCAAUGUGGUAAAUCUGGUCGAAGCUGACUAUUCUUACUGGACUCUGGGCUAUGUCAUCUCUCUGGAAGGAGCACAGAAGCUUGUUGGAGCCAAUCCUUUUGGGAAGAUGCUACCAGUGGAUGAGUUUCUGCCAAUCAUGUACAACAAGCAUCCUGUUGCUGAGUACAUGGAGCAUUACGAAUCCAGGGACUUGAAAGCCUUCUCUGCAGAACCCUUGCUCAUCUACCCAACACACUACACAGGCCAGCCAGGGUAUCUGAGUGACACGGAGACCUCAACCAUCUGGGACAAUGAGACAGUGGCCACUGACUGGGACAGGACACAUGCCUGGAAGUCCAGGAAGCAAGGUCACAUCUACCGCAAUGCCAAGAACACAGAGGCCCUGCCACCGCCAACCUCCCUGGACACUGUGCCUUCGAGAGAUGAGUUAUGAGGGCUCCAUGGGGGGGUUACUGCCCUUUGGUUUUCCUAAUGGGCUGUUGAUAUGUUUGUUCCAGUUUCUUUUCAUGGUCACGAUCAUCUAACCAAAGUGGUCUAAUGUGAUUGAUCAAAAUUAGUAUGUUUUUGACAGGGGAAGAGAAUAGGGAAACUAAACCCAAAUUUCCUAGAUGGCUAGAAAAUAGGCUUUAUGGAAACCAUUAAGAUGAACUUCAAUCCAGACACCUUGUCCCUCAGUUCAUUACCCAUAUGAUACUGGUUCUCACACUGAGGUUGAACAGCAUGGCUCAGAGAUUCGUACAAGGGAAAAGUGAUCACCACACUAUCACGUCAAUAAAUGGGUAGGCCUGGCAGCCAAGUCAACUGGACCACAUCUAUUGGUCUAGUGGGCCCAUUUUAUGUCAUAGAUGUGACCUUGAAUACUUGAGUAUGUUCUAAGUUUGGGGUGUGGGGGAGGGGGAAUCAGAUCAUUUAAAAUCAAAUUAAUUGGGCUUUUUCUUUAAAGGCAUUUGCCGUGAGCCUUACUGCAAAGUGACUUUUUCAUCUUAGUCCCCGUUAUCCAACAGGGAUGGGUGUUUGGGUCUGUGUGUAACUUGGCAUUUGACUAUCAUGGCAAUUGAAGCUCCCAUGAAGAGGUGUCCAUUUUGCCAUGAGCAUAUAGUUUCAUAGAUAUUUGAGGGUUUGUGUAGAUAUUUGAGGAAAGCACUCAAACUUUGGCCUUCUUUAUUAUGGUCGCUUGAGUUGGGAUGCUCUAUUUAUGAAGAUAAAUUUAAUAUAUAAGGGGCUGGGACUGGUGUGUAAUUGCUGUCCCGGGGGUUCAUGUGCUGCCCCAGCACGUCAGACUGUCCUCUCCACCCUGAGCCUGGGAGUGAGCUGCAGGUGUGAGUUUUAUGAGUCACUGUUAAGAGGCAGAGCACAUCUUUAGGCCAGAAACUGUCCUUGCCUGGGAUUUUCAUUCUAUUUUGAAUUAUUUAUUUUACAAAAUGUGGGGGAAGCGUCUGUAGGAUAAGGCAGAGAAACAUAUGUGUUAGGCUUUUAUUGCCCCCUGGGAAGUGGUGAGUGUAGACACGUUGGUUCCAGAAUCUGGUUCUUCUGCAUUUCCCAGCCUGACUCUUACAAGGAGGCCUGUUGAGUGGGAGAUUCUAACCUUCUGGAAACAAAUGAUUCUCCACCUCAGGCGAGAGACCUUGGUUAGAAACAAUGGACUGAUCAACUGAUUUAGACCAACAACCAGGGAAGCCUUGGAGUCAGGAUCCUGGGCAGACCACCUCUCUGCUUUCUUCAUAAAUGGAUUUUAUGUAAAAUGCAGAGUUGGACUACAUCAUCUGUUUCAGCUCCACAAUCUGUGAUCCUUGGAUAUCUCAUGAUGGUGUGUUUUAGGUUUCUGUUCUCAUGCCUGCAAGCAGUAAAACUUGGUCUCCAGAAAUCCCCUCCCCAAGCAUCCUGUCCACACACGCUCCUCUCUCCGUGUCCUGGGUGUUGACUCUGAGCUUCAUGCUUUGGAGCAGAACCCGUUGGUGGCCUUGCUGGGUGCACCAAGCUUCCUGCUCCCCAUGAGGGCCCCAGGCUGCAGGACAACCCGGCAGCUUCCUUCCACAGAACACCAAGCUUGGCCUUCCCUCUUGACUUAUGGUUGGUUCCUCUGCAUUGACCAAUAAGCCAGGAGACUGAGGGAAGGGAUCUCAGCUGCCUGAUUUUUACUGCUUAGACAUAGCUAUCAGAGCUUGACUCUUUGUCUAGAAAAACAGAGCAUCUGGGGAGCUAGUGAAAAACCCUUAGGCGAUUCCUAAGGUUUCCUUGGGUAUGCUGUACUUCGUUUGCGUAUUUGAGUGUGUGCAGAUGUGUGUGAAUUUCAUGUUUUGUUUUGUUUUUUAAAGGGGUGGGCGGAGGCUGAGGUAGUGGGAGUAGAGGAAGAUUUAAUUAAUUUUUGUGUGGUUAUGUUUCAUAGAGAACAUUGGUGGUUUUUUUUUUUUUCUUUUUCCUUGUCAGCUGGUCUGGUGGGUUUAUGAAUUCCCAUUCUUUUUUUUUUUUUUUUUUUUUGAAUUCUCAUUCUUAAAAGACAUUGUUCAUAAAUUCUAGAAUUUUAGAUUAGGACUGUUCUACUGUGAAUAAAAUUCUGGCUCUGUUAGCCCAGCCGUUGCUUUUCUCCACUCAGGUCUAGAAUCCCAAGCAGUGUUCUUUCAUUGUGAACAUUGUGAGCUGCAGACGCAGCUUUUCUUUAGAAGGUCAUCUCUUCAGCAAUCCAGGGAUUCCUUGACCUCAUUCUUCUUUCCUGCCUCCCGUCUAGCCUUAAGUCAAGACAUUAGACCUCUGCGGUGUCAGAGGACUUUGCCUCCGUCAUGGCACCUGCUGUCUGCCUCUGGAAGUUAAACCCUCUCUGGAUCUUGAGAUCCAAGGUGUAAUCUUCUGGAUGGCCGGCACUGACUUCAGCAGUGCUGGUGCUGCUAAGUGUGGACUGAGUGUGUACAAUGUGCAGACGACACACUGCACGGGCCUUGCUUUGUUCACUGGGGCCUGCUCCAGGAACUCUGGAAAACAAGAGCCAGCAUCCCAGCAUCCUACACUGUCUGUCAUGCUCUGUCAUUUCAGGGUGGGGAAGUGAUAAACUACUUGCCUUCUAGAGCACUUUGUGAAAAAUUAAAAAACGUGCAACUCUAUGAUUGUUCAUUGGUUCCUCCAACGCUGGUCAACAGCCAACACUGCUGGAAUUUCCAGGUCUGCACCGCCCAAGGAUGUCAGAGGCCAAAGACAAUGCAGAGAUUUCCAGUAAAAUGCUGGUGUCGGAAACAAAAUUCCCAUUCAGCUACACACAUGGGAAUAUUUUCACUUACAGUUGGAACAAAUCCAUCUAAUUAGUAACUAAGAUAAAGAUGAGUUUUCCCAAGAGGCUUCUACAAUGUGCUUUCAAGACAUUCUUUCCAAAGGCUGAGGUGGCAGUGAGCUGGACAGCAUGCAAAGGAAUAAUUGGGAUGCCCAGGGCCCCCAGUGCCUGUGGAACAGCAACAAUUCACUGUCCUGCACGUGAGUCAUCCCUGGGCAGAGGGAGAGUCAGAGCAGAGAGCCCCAUUCUGCAGGGAAAGAAAGAUACAGGUCUGGGAGAACAGGGGAAUGGGGGCUCAGCUUCUGGUGAGAGACCUGUCCCCCCCUGACCACAGAAGGAAUCCAAAGAAGGUGGGGACCCUGACAGGAAUCACCUGAGGCUCUGGGAGGGGGAUGCUCCAGCUCAGGGCCGUUUCACCCGGGCCAGUGGCUUCCUUCCGAGUCCGCCCAGUGUGUGUCCCUGUGCAGCCUCAGCCCCGCCAGGAGGCACUGUGGUCAGGGCUGUGCUGGGCCCACACUCCCCUCUCCCCAGCCUCUUUGGAGCGGGUCUGUGGAGCAAGCUGCAGGAGCCCUGGCUGCCCUCCAGCUCUGUGAGUCAAUCUUUCCCCAAAGCAGCAGCAGGCUCAGUUUUCCCAGGGUGCUGUUCAAGCAUCUGAAGUCCCAUGUCUGAGUGUCACAUCUGCCCUGUGUCAUUGCUUAUUAGGGAAGGAGGCUGGAGGGCUUCUAUGAAGACAGCACGCCCCCCACCCUUAGAACACGAGCUUCCUGGGAAUAACAGCAGUGAACUCUUAAAGUAAGCACCAGAGGGAAAUGCUUUCUUUACAUGUGCUGUGUAAUGUAAUAUACUACAUGAACCUCCAGAAGUAGGAACUAUUUUCAAUCCCCACUUUUUAGAUGAAGCAAUAGCUAAAUGACUUGCCUAAGAUAGUAAGUGGGCUGGGAGUCAAGAGCUAGGCAGUCAGAUCCCACCCACACCAAACUGCAACCAUGCAAAGCUUCUAGAGAGAGAGUUUGCCUCAUUUCUUGCUUCCUCACUAACAUCUAAUGUUUCUGUCGCUCUCUCAUACACACACAGCCUGAUGUAUAAAGAAGCUCGGCAACCCCAUCCCCUGUUUACUUCUCAUCUAUGAAAUCUCAUAUAUUAAUUUUUUUUUUAGCUGAUUAGACCAAUUCGCUGGCUUGCUGGAGGCUUGGAUGUCAGAUGUUAUAUAAACGAGGAUCAUCAGAAGUAGACAUCUGGGGGCAAGUUGGUGCUUUUCACCCACCCCACGGGUUCAUCACGCAUCCUAGGUGGGAGUUAACUCGCAAUGCCAUCCUGGUCCUUACGGCCCCGUCUCCCCAUCUGCAAGAUGAAAUGAUGCUCAGGAUAUCAGGCAGCAGUUCUCCGACCAGCAGCAGAUCUCUCCUUGGAGACUUGACAGAACCAACCAGAUGCACAUCUAACCAAGCCCCCAUCUCAAGGCCUCACUGCCAUCUCCUCCAAACACUUUUCGGAGAAUGUGGGAAGAUGAACAAAGCCAUGCACCCUAGUGAGAAGACAGAACUCCUUUUUGCGGGGACGGAAAUGCUCGUCUACUCCAGGUGUCCUCCUACAUUUCCCCACCUCCCCUGCGUUUAGAUUGGGGCCAUAGACUGGCCAAUGGACUGUGAAUGGAAGUGAUGUGGUCCCUUUCGUCUAAGGCAGUCAGGAAGAGUUGUGAGUUCUCUCUACCAUCACUGGGAGUUGAAAGAAAAAUCUGAGAUGGCGGAGUUGCAAGAUGGAAGCUGCCUGGACCCUUGGAGCCGCUAAGGAGAGCUGCCCGAUUUGCAAUACCUAGUUCAGUUUUCAACGUGUCAUAUCUUAAGUUACUGAGAUUUCAUGGUUUGUUACUUUAGCCUAGGCUAGCCUAAUAAUCCCUUCCAGAAUUAUUUCAUUUUAACAGAGAUCCUAGGGGAAAUGGUAACUCAAAACAGGACAGAAAUAACUUUUCAUAGUGGAACUGUGGAUACAGGUUGUAACUGGUGCCGUUGCGGCAGCCCUGUAGAAAAAGAGGGUUGACGUCGGGGCAACUUCUCGAUACCACUAAAAAUAAAUACUGUAUGCCUCUAAUGGUCCUGUGCUGCGUGGCAAAUUUGAAAAGGCUCCAAAGAAGGAAAUUUUAAGACAUUAUUCCUUCAGGCAAAAUCUCACCAAGCUGCUUCUACAGGGAGGCAAAACAAGGGAACCCAUUUUCUCAAAUGAUCUUGAAAACAUAGUCACCUAGUGCCAGACAUAGAAAUCCCUUUUUUUCCUGCCCAUAUUAUCGAUUAUUAAAACACCUACUUGGCUUUCUCCACUAUCCCACAAGGACCCAGAAAACUUGAUAAUUUGGAUCCAUUUAGGAAUCCCUUUUUUUUUUGGAAACAAUGUGACGGAAUGACAACAUGCGUCUGUUGAAUGAAGCUGCCUUUUGGGAAGACCUUGUUUCCUUCCUCCACAGAGGCCCUCCCGGCUUCCGGAGCACCAUGGACGGUUUCAAGAAUUGUGCAGAUGGUAGCAAUUGGAGACUCAGGAAAGGCUGUCAAAAAGAAGGCAAAGUACUGCCUUGGAUCCCAACUCUAAGUAAGUUUGAUUUUAUACAAGGUGUCCCCAGCCAAACUACUCCUAAGAAUGCUGUCCAGCAAGGCAUCACAUCUGAUGGCAGUCUCCUAAGACGUCAUUCUUUCCCCUAAAUGCGCAUGACACUUACCAGUGGAGAGGGUCCCUCCUAACUGUGCCACUGGCUUUCCCUCUGCUCCCUCCAACUGAACCAGCAUGGGCUUCCAAAAUGCUCCUUGACAUACCUGGAACCCAGAUCCACCAGAUUAAUACUCCAGAUACAAUCCCUUUGGGUCUGGCCGCACAUGCCAACCAAGUCCCAAGCCAGUUUAUUCAUUUGACCGAAAGGUAAACAGAUGAUGGAGAUGCAGAAAGACAAGCAUAUGCGAGCAGCUAAAAGUAUUAACCCGGCUGUCCACCAGGAGACAAAUUUAAGACAUUUAAAGUGGCAUUAAAUAAAUGAGGCUAUGUUUUAUCUACUUGUAACUUCCAUUGUCUUUUUUAAAAAAGGAAAAAAAUAUAUAUAUAUUUUACAUUGCAGUAUAGAAAUCUAGACUCUACAUGUACAGUAUAAAUACACAAGGCGAGCACGUGGGCACAACACGUAUGUCUUGGUAGCCGCGCCCUAAACCAGGCCAACAGUUCUACAUUUUCUUUUUGACCUUCCAACCAAGAAAUUCAGGCUGGGGCUACGUUUCCUUCAGUCCCCAUGACGUCUAGCACCCUGGCCAUCCCUCCUCCACGCACAGAAGCACAAAUCGAACCAGCCUCGCAAACACAGAAAAAAAAGUGCUUUUCAACUAGUUGAAACCAGUCGGUCUUUACAAUGCGGUCUGAUCUAGAAAGACCUAAAGGAAAUCUGAGGCCUUCCUGGCUCAUUCUCGUUCUUGGGUCCACCGCCACAAAUCUCUAGCCUUUCCCUGGUGUUUCUUGCAGAUUUCAUAUGGCUAUUUAUGUAACAUAGAUCACACAGAACCUUUGGGAGCUGUCUUACAGGAUAGGAGAAAAAAAAAAGCUCCACGUUACAAUCUGCACUUCAUAUCUGGGUUCAUUCUUUAUUUUUGGAAUAAAAACCUGGUAUUUUGAGAAUUUUCUUCUUAAAAAGGACAACAUUCUGAAAGUGCUUCUUAAACGUGUCAACAUCCCACGUAUGGCUUUGUAGUUCAAACCCCAGCCACAGCUCAGAUUUGGAAGGGAGAGGAUGAUGGUGGUACUGGAGACAAAAGUGUCACUUAACAGUGAUACUGUGAUACCAAGUGUGGAAACCUGAAAAAAAAAAAAGUUAUUGAUUCCAUCUGGAAGAAUGUACCUCUUUAGAAACGAGUUGGAUAAUAUAUGGAGCCCCAUUUCUUUCCCCAUGACUAGGCACAGGAAGGCUAUAAAAGUUAAUAAGUAAAACAGGACACUGCUCUCAGCAGUGAACAUCUUCCGAGGGGCUAAUCACAGAGCAAUCGCUGUUCAGAAGUCGUUCACAGGCUCAAAAUCAUCAGUUAUAGUCAAUCGCAGUAGGAAUUUCUACACCUGAGGAACAAAUUGCACGUAAUAUAGAGGUACUGCGAUCCAGAUGGCAAAAGACUGCAGACAUGUAGUUUCACAUGCAAAAGGCAAUCAGAAAAAAACAAUGAAGUAGUGGCAUUCCGAGACAGAUCAGAGUCCACAUGAGUCAUCCUCCUUUUGUGCUUUCCUUUCUGGCUGAUAAGUUACCAAAGAACAUGGCUGUAUGUGCAAGAAUGAUUGUGAUAUGUUCUUUGGGUGGGGGGAAACAAACAAUGAAG